AUGGCGCAACCAGCGUACUGCGACCCAACGACAGUCCUUAGGGACCAAGCCGACUGGACUGGCUGGCUCGCGCAGCUACAGGCGAGAUGCCUGUUGCGCAACAUCUGGGACAAGAUCAACCCAAAGACAACUACACCACUACUAUUAAAGCCACUCUCGCUAAGGGCUCUAACCAUUACUAACUACGCGCCAGCUACAAACACUGACAUACUAUUAAGGCUAACUAAGCUAUUAACAACAGGCUAG